GUCAGUUCGAUUUCGACGACCGUCGCGUGUGCAUCCACGGUGGAAUGCGCGCACUUCCCAACUCUGGGAUCCUCUACUAGAUAGUGAGUGUGUGGGAGACUGUGUGGUCGAUUCCGAGGGGUUAUCCCCGAGUCCCGCGGGAUUUACGGAGGUAGUUUGAGGGAUUACUGUCAGCGUUUCUCGUGCGACGACGUCAGAGUGAAGUUCUUGGCCAGUGCAUGUGGGAUGAAUAAUAAUGACGAGCCGAGUGGAUGUGUCACAACUCGGAGAUUCUCGAGUUCUGGGCGAGUGAUUCAAUUAUACUGGGUGGGGAAUGCCUUUGAAUAAAUUACAAUAAAUUUGCGAUUUUUCUGUGCUUCAGCACUAAGUGAGAUAGUUUUGACAACAAGGAAGAUCCGGACAACGAGGUGAGCAAUCGCCGAGGAGUUCGCUUUGUGUGUACCAAGAAAGUGAAAAGGAUCAAUUCAUAACAUAAAUUGGAAAAUCUACGUGAGUGAUUCGACGCGCCGUGUAACGAGCUGUCCUAAGUCAACAGGCAAAAGGUCCGCCUCACACGUGAAGAAAUCAAGGCAAAUAUUUUACCCGUAAAUUUCCAAUUUCCGGAACGUCCGGAGUGUGGGCGAAAUAUGGCGCAAAUGUUUACCGAAGCGGCAUCGAAGAGGUUUGUUUGCAAAUCGCCCUAAGCCAACAGCGAUCGCCAGGAAAACGUGGAUUGUUGUGAGAAAAAAGUGAAGAAAACCCCAGAAUCCUGUCAAGUGGAACAAGGAAAAUCUCAAUCGGGAAUCGCCAACUUCUGCAUGCCUCGUUGAGUCUGCAAACUACGACCUGUGCAAGAAACAGUGCGAAAUCGUUGGGGAUACCCGAACCUUAAGCAGCUGCUCUAAUAUAUUCAGUGUAUGUGUGAAAACCCCCCACCAUAAUUGUACGUGUGCAAGUUUAAGGGGAAUUGAGCCCCAGCAUUACAAACAGGCUCCGGCCGAAGCAAAACAACGACGUCUACGCCAGAAGAGACCCCCGGAUCAGAAGUGUCCGGACCAGAGCACGAAGAAAAUCCCAAACGUUAAGUGGUUCUGCUGCACCCUCCCUGAAAGUGUAUCCGGCCGUGAAGAGCCACAAAUAGGCGAAGCCCCCCCUAAGAAGAUCUCCAAGAAAGCCCCCCACCCCCGUCUCGAAUUGAAAUAAAAAAUUAAUCUAAAUGAAAACCGGAGGGGUGAAAAAAGCUCCCGCGUGUGAAGAGGAUUAAAACGCCCCCGCCCCCGUGGUGUCUGAUUGUGAACGGUUGGAACCUGCUUUGAUCCCGUGUGCGCUUGUACACACCGGUUGAGCUUCUUCGAGAGCCAGGAGGGCGUUUCCGGCCCACUGGGCACCAGCUGGCGUGAAAGGAUAUUCAAGAUUUGUGCUCGGUGUGUUGUCUGCCAGUGACGGGAUAUCCACUCCGCACAGGGAAUCUUCCCUCUCGCACAUGUAAGUGCGGCCCGGUCGGUGUGUGUUGUGUUUGUGUGUAAUAAUUACUUUGUUGAACCCGGGCGCUGUGGAGUUCAACUUGGAGGAAGAGAGAGAGAGAGAGAGGAAAAAAGUGGAAGGAAAAGUGUCUGUGGCAAGUCAAGUGCGCUCCAGUAACGGGCCAGGCUCUAUUCUAGUGAGAAGGUGAACGUAACGGAACGGAACAUCAAAGGGUUCUUGGGGAAAAUCUACUGGCAAUCCCGACGGGGAUGUACGGCUGGUAAGGACGUCAGCACGGAGAAAGGAACAGAAGCUGCUGUUGCAACCGCUAGCAGGCUCCUUCACACACAACUGCAGAUCGCCCCGGACGCCAGUCUCCAAGUCUAGUCGCGCGCGCGCUCGCUCGCUCCAGCGAUUGCAAUCUAUUGAAUAUUCAGUGGGCGUGAAAUGCCUGGUCACAGUGCGGACGUCCCGCAGGGACCUACGCUGGACAUUGGGAGAAGGAACCAAGUGAUUGGGGUGAAAAUCGCUCGAAAGUGAGCACACUUUCAAGGGUGAGCUGCGCCUGAACUUGAGGUGAACACUAUUGGCACGGACAAGAUGGUGGAUGGCGGACAAGAUGGCCGCCGGUAGAGCAGGACGGAUGCCGGGAAAGUUCGUCGACAAGAAGGACAAUGGCAGCGUCGGCAGUGGUCAAGUUGACUUAAUUCGAAAGUGAUUUCGGUUCGUUACAUAAUUCAUUGCCGGGGACCGGAACUGCUUGCCCGGAAGUGCGAUAGGGUGGUGCUAGGGAACUUUUCGCUCCGCGUGGGCUGGCUCGUCCUGGAUAGAGUCGGGGGUUGUUUUUUGUACAUAGUAAAUAGCUGUUUCUUUACUCGAUUCCGUUGCCAACUAGUGCACGUGUAAAUAAGCGAUUGUGUAGCUUGACACCCGGGGAAAGAAGAACCCAAGGCUUCAGCAUCCGACGACCCUGGAUGUAGUGGGAGAAUAUCUGCCUUUCAUUUUUCAUCUUCAUCGCCGUCCUCCCGUCUGUCCCCAAGCUGCUGACCGGUUAUGCUCUUAUCAUAGUUCCUUCGAGCAACGACUAAACUAGAGGAAAAACUAGUUUCCAGCUUGUACGUGAGAGUGUGUCUGUGUGUUUGUGUGUGCUUUUUCUAAACAGUAGUGUGCAACAAUAUUAUUUUACAUCGGCGUUGUAGGAUCCUAUUGAAACUAGAACAAGAACCUAACCUAGAAAAAAGGAGCUCGCACACGAACAAAAAAAAAAAGAAGCAAAGAUAACAAACACAAAAAGAAGACUGAAGGAUCCCCCGGCAGGACGGUAAAAACUUUCCCUCUAACCGGAAGCCCCGAUGUCAAGCAGCUGUGCCGCCAAUGCAGCAUUCCAUACAUAGAGUGUAAAAGUGUGUUUUUCACCGGAAACAGGAAGCGAUAACGGUUGCACGAACUACUUCUGAAAGAGUGCGCCCUCUGGAUCCCGAAGAAAGAAAGAAAAAAAACAACAAGCUUAUAAGAAGUUCCUUCAGAUAAGAAGCAUAACAGCUCAGCAUCACUACACACUCUGUGUGGGUGGGUGAGUGUGUGUGAGUGUGUAGCUGGCAACACUGGAAGCAGCAGCCAAAAUGACAAUGACGAAGACGUACAUCGUCUGCAUCUUGUGGGUGGCAGUUUUACUCGACAUGAGCGAUACAGUAAACGGCUCCCAACGUGAGGCCUCCAAACAACAGCAGCAGCAACGACAGUCCCAGUCCCAAUCCCAGUCCCAGCAGCAGCAGUCAUUCCAGCAAACGACAGCCAAGGACGCGUCCGGCCAAGUCAACAUGCUUGCCAGCAGCAGCAGUAGUAGCGGUCGAGGUGGCGUAGAGCCGACGGACGCCGCCCGGACCGGGCCGUACUUUGAUCUGUCGGCGUCGAAAAAUGUGACCGCGCUGCUCGGCAAAACGGCCUAUCUCAACUGCCGGGUGAAAAAUUUGGGCAACAAAACGAUGCUGCUGCAGGUGUCGUGGGUGCGGCACCGGGACAUCCACCUGCUGACCGUUGGCCGCUACACGUACACGUCGGACCAGCGGUUCCGGGCGAUCCAUCACCCGCACACAGAAGACUGGAGCCUGCAGAUCAAGUAUCCGCAGCACCGGGACUCGGGCAUCUACGAGUGCCAGAUCUCGACGACGCCGCACAUGAGCCACUUUGUGCACCUCAACGUCAUCGAACCAUCGACGGAAAUAAUUGGAGCCCCGGAUCUGUACAUCGAGAGCGGCUCGACGAUAAAUUUAACGUGCGUCGUGAAGGACUCCCCGGAGCCACCGGCGUACAUUUUCUGGAACCAUAAUAACGUCAUCAUCAGCUACGAUUCGCCCCGCGGCGGAGUGUCGGUCAUCACGGAGAAGGGCGACACGACCACGUCCUUUCUGCUCAUCCAAAGCGCCCGGCCGUCGGACUCUGGACAGUACACCUGCAAUCCGUCCAAUGCCAAAAGCAAAAGUGUCACCGUGCAUGUGCUGAAUGGCGUUUCCCAUUCUGUUUCCAGGGGAGUUCCCAGCAGCAAUGCAGCGCGCGGGCCAACCGCAUCAUCGCACGCCCCAGCAUCACCAGCUGUCAGUUUUGCUGUCUGUGUUUAUCUCAUCGCUGCUGUGCUGCAGACUGCUGGCGGCCUGUGCCGGACUGGGCAUGCCUGUGCCGACGUAGCCAUUUUUCUAGACGCCUACGCCACCACGCUAGUUCUUAGACCCCUUUUGUUGUUUACGCACACAAUCUAUCGCAAAUUGAUCAAUCAAAUUAGAAGAAGCAGCAAGACGACCGAUCUACGAAGGCUAGAUGUAACAGCACCACCACAAUCACAAUCACAAUCACACACAAAAUCAAGCACACUCCCAACCACGCUCGCGGACCUCGUGGCGAGGUUUACACAACCAUUGCAGCCAUUGCUACUACUGCUAUUGCGAGCCACUUUUUCCCUGCCCACACGGUGGCAGCACCAUCAUCACCACCAUCACCACCACCACGAAGAAGACGACAACGAUCGGCCCCGACGACCCGAUCCCAUUUUGCCCCGGCGGCCACCCCUUGAGCCCUCAGCGCUGAGGAGGCCCCACCACAGAAUGUCACAGAUGUUACAACUCAACCAACUUUACGAUCACACUUUUGGGUUUGUGUUGAAUCACUACUUGUGGAAUCAGCGAUUCGCAGUUAGAUGAAACAAUUUUAACGCCGUAGUAGGUUAAUCAAUCAUAUGAUGGUUAUUGUAAAUUUAAUACUUAACUUAAAAGAAAAGAAAAACACAGAAAACGCAAAGUAAAAAAGUUUAAAGAAAGUAAAUAAAUGAACAGAAAAAAGUCUAGUCUAAGGUGAUCUGUUAUUAUGAAUAAGCUUUAGGUAUCUAUUACUAGAAUUAUUGAAUAAGUUAAAAAAACAAUUUUCAAAUUCAUUUUCCAAAGGAAAGCAGCUAAAACGGUGUGUGCACACGAGCGAGCGAAAGAUUUAAUCUAAAUGGAACGCAACUGAAGAAAAAUAGCAAAAGGUAAAGUAAAUAAAACAAAAAAAAUACUGAAUUCGUUUUUAAUCCACGUUGAAACGUUAUGGAAAUAAAAGAGUAUUGGUCAUUGAGUGAUAUUUUCAUAUUAAAACUAUGACGAAGCAAAAGAAGAAAAAAAAAUUGCAGACACACAACCCGAGAAAAUAUAAUGAAUUAUGAAAAUACCAUAAAACAAUAUAUGAUAAAUGAAUGUACAAAAAUUAUGGAAAGUAUAUAUGAGAAAAAUAAACAAAAAAAAGUAAAA